CCGGCGGAGACUGAACAGAAAUAAUAGGAGCAGUUUUGAAAGGGAAGACUAUAAGAAUGGGUCAGCGCGCUCUUCAGAGAGUCCCGCCGUCGCUUCCAAGCCGCACUCCAUCUCUUCCACCACCGUCUUCCUCUUCCCCCUCCCUCCGUUGCGCACCCUCCUCUCGCCGCCCCCUCCGUCCCAGACCAAUGUCGUCCCACAUUGUCGGUUAUCCCCGCAUCGGUCCCAAGAGAGAGCUUAAGUUUGCAUUAGAGUCCUUCUGGGAUGGGAAAACCGGUGCUGAGGAUUUGCAAAACGUUGCUGCUGACCUCAGACGCUCCAUAUGGAAACAUAUGGCUGGUGUAGGGAUCAAAUACAUUCCCAGCAACACUUUUUCUUACUAUGAUCAGAUGUUGGACACCACAGCGAUGCUUGGAGCUGUUCCCUCUAGGUACGGUUGGGAAAGUGGUGAGGUCGGGUUCGAUGUUUACUUCUCCAUGGCUAGGGGUAAUGAUUCUGUUCCUGCUAUGGAAAUGACCAAGUGGUUUGAUACAAACUACCAUUACAUUGUUCCUGAGUUGGGUCCUUCUGUUAAAUUCUCCUAUGCAUCUCACAAGGCUGUGGAGGAGUUUAAGGAAGCCAAAGCGCUUGGCAUAGACACAGUACCCGUGCUCAUUGGUCCCAUGACCUACUUGCUCCUCUCAAAACCAGCAAAGGAUGUUGAUAAAUCUUUCUGCCUUCUUUCUCUGAUUGACAUGAUUCUUCCCGUCUACAAAGAAGUUUUGACUGAUCUAAAGUCUGCUGGUGCACGUUGGAUUCAGUUUGAUGAACCUAUACUUGUGAUGGAUCUUGACACCAACCAGUUGCAGACAUUUUCGGAUGCCUACUCUCACAUGGAGUCAUCUUUGGCGGGGAUGAAUGUUCUUAUUGCCACAUACUUCGCAGAUGUUCCUGCUGAAGCGUACAAGGCAUUAACGUCCUUAAAGUGUGUAACUGGGUUUGGAUUUGACCUCGUUCGUGGAUUGGAAACUCUUGAUUUGAUCAAAGUGGAUUUUCCUCGUGGGAAGCUACUAUUCGCUGGAGUUGUUGAUGGAAGAAACAUUUGGGCCAAUGAUCUUUCUGCUUCGCUCAAGACACUACAGACUCUUGAAGACAUUGUUGGGAAAGAAAAAGUUGUGGUCUCUACUUCGUGCUCUCUACUCCAUACGGCUGUAGACUUGCUGAAUGAAAUUAAACUUGAUAAAGAGCUAAAAUCGUGGCUUGCAUUUGCCGCACAAAAGGUCGUUGAAGUGUAUGCACUUGCCAGAUCAUUCUCUGGUGUUAAGGAUGAGGCAAUGUUUGCUUCUAAUUCCAUGCGACAAGCUUCUAGAAGAUCAUCUCCAAGGGUGACAAAUGCCACUAUACAACAUAAUGUUGCUGCAGUAAUGAAAUCUGAUCAUCGCCGUUCUACAAAAGUAAGUGCUAGGCUACAAGCCCAGCAGAAGAAGCUAAACCUUCCUCCUCUUCCAACAACGACAAUUGGAUCUUUUCCUCAGACAGCAGAUCUCAGACGGAUACGCAAGGAAUUCAAGGCCAGAAAGAUAUCAGAAAUUGAUUAUGUCCAGGCUAUCAAAGUCGAAUUUGAAAAGGUAGUCAAGCUUCAGGAAGAACUUGGGAUUGAUGUAUUGGUGCAUGGGGAGGCAGAGAGAAACGAUAUGGUGGAGUUUUUUGGCGAGCAGCUGUCUGGCUUUGCAUUCACAUCGAAUGGGUGGGUCCAGUCAUAUGGAUCCCGCUGUGUCAAGCCACCUAUCAUCUACGGUGAUGUCAGCCGACCAAAGGCAAUGACUGUCUUCUGGUCGUCAAUGGCACAGAAGAUGACCAAACGUCCUAUGAAGGGGAUGCUCACUGGUCCUGUGACAAUUCUCAAUUGGUCCUUUGUUAGAAAUGACCAGCCCAGGUAUGAGACGUGUUUCCAAAUUGCACUCGCGAUUAAAGAUGAGGUUAAGGACCUUGAGAAGGCUGGCAUCACUGUUAUCCAGAUUGAUGAAGCUGCAUUAAGAGAAGGAUUGCCUCUCAGGAGGUCCGAGCAAGAACUUUACCUUGACUGGGCCGUCCACGCAUUCAGAAUCACAAACUGUGAUGUGCGAGACACUACUCAGAUUCACACCCACAUGUGCUACUCAAAUUUCAACGACAUUAUCAACUCAAUUAUAAACAUGGAUGCUGAUGUGAUCACUAUUGAAAACUCACGGUCAGAUGAGAAGCUCUUAUCAGUCUUCCAUGAAGGAGUGAAAUACGGUGCUGGAAUCGGUCCAGGGGUCUAUGACAUUCACUCUCCUCGUAUCCCAUCCGCUGAAGAAAUAGCUGAGCAUAUCAACAAGAUGCUUGCAGUUCUGGACAGCAAAGUCCUUUGGGUGAACCCUGACUGUGGCCUAAAGACGCGGAAGUACUCUGAAGUUAAGUCUGCACUUAGCAACAUGGUUGCUGCUGCCAAGCUAAUCCGCUCUCAGCUAAAUAAGUCAUAAAGCCUUUCUCAUCAAGUAAGUUUGUUCAUACUACCACUUUCUUCUCUCUCUAAAUCCCUUUACGUAUUAUCAUUGCUUGGAAUGAACCUGUAAUGAUUGUUCUGGCACUGGAAUUACGCUAAAACUGAUUUGAAAUCUAUAAAAUGGAGUUUUUUUUUUCUCAUUUUCUAGUUACACAUUUGUAAACAGACAUGUAGAGGGGU